CCUAGGAAAACCCUUUCACUAUCCUUCCAAGUUCCAAGUCCUAUCUGUUUAUCACCCUCAACGCGGUCAACGCAACGCAACCGUAAUGGGGAAGAAGAAGCAGAAGGAGAAGAUAGUUCUUCCACCGGACCUCCCGCCGGAGAUUCCCGACGACGAGGUCGAGGUCUCCGAUGAGGACCUCCAGUUCGUCAAUGAGAAUCGCGGUUACGCUUCCUUAUUCUCCACCCUUGACACGCAAUCAAUCACCAAGCAUGUUACUCGAGUUGCUGAUGCUAAAGAUGAUGCUUUGGAGAAACUUUAUGAGAAACGGCUGCGAAAGAAUGCUCUCAAGAAGGAAAAAGAAGAAACAGGAAUACAGGUUGACCGAGUUGAUGUUCUUCCAAUCAAGUCUUUGGAUGGACAACUCCAUUACCGGACAGCUACAAAGGCAGAAUCACAAAAUGGUCCAAGUGAAGAGGAAACGGGAGAGGAUGUAAAUGAUAGAAAAAGUCUGGUGAAGCUAACUAAGGCUGAAAAGAGAGCCAAACUUAAGAAGUUGAGGAAGGAGGGGAAAAAGCAAGGGAAAGAGGUGCCAAAAGCAGAAGUGGAACAAACACCACAAGCCACUGUACUGGCUGAGGUAAAAGAAGAUCUUACAACUGAGGAGGUUUUUGAAUCUAAGAAGUGUAAACUUGCAGAGUUGGGAAAUGCAUUACUUACAGACCCUGAGUCCAAUAUUAAAUUUCUGAAGGAUAUGCUACAGAUAUCUAAAGACAAUGAUCCUACCAUUGUUAAACUUGGACUUCUGUCACUCUUGGCUGUAUUUAAAGAUAUUGUCCCUGGCUAUCGAAUAAGGCUUCCUACUGAGAAAGAACUGGAAAUGAAGGUUUCAAAGACUGUGAGAAAGAUGCGUUACUAUGAAUCAACUCUACUUUCGGCAUACAAGGCAUACCUGCAAAGGCUGAUGUACUUAGAAAAGAAGCCCUUAUUUCAACUUGUAGCAGUACGUUGUAUUUGUACAUUGCUCGACAUACAUCCUCAUUUCAACUUCAGGGAAAACCUGUUGGAUGCUACUGUCAGAAACAUAAGCUCUACUAAUGAGGCCAUAAGGAAACUUUGUUGCUCUACAGUUAAAUCAUUGUUUACAAAUGAGGGUAAACAUGGUGGUGAGGCUACUGUAGAGGCUGUUCGAUUGAUUGCCGAUCUUGUCAAGGCUAAUAAUUGUCAGUUGCAUCCUGAUUCUGUUGAGGUGUUUUUGUCUCUUUCAUUCGAUGAGGAUCUUGGGAAGACUGAGAAGAAAGACGAGGAUCAGAAAUUUAAAAACAAGAAAAAUAAGAAGAGAAAAAACAUGGAGGCAUCAAAUCAGUUGCCAGAUAAUGAUAGAAAGAGAAGUAAGCAUGAAAUGAUCUCUAAGACAAAAGAGGAGGUUGAAGCUGAGUACAAGGCUGCAUCGUUUGCCCCAGAUGUUAUGGAGAGGAGACAAAUGCAAUCUGAAACACUCUCUGCCGUGUUUGAGACAUAUUUUCGCAUUUUGAAGCACACGAUGCAUUUUAUAGCAACCAGGCCUGAAGUAAAUACUGGGGCAUCAUCUGCUGCAGUGGAAUCCCACCCAUUGUUUGCUCCUUGUCUCAAAGGACUGGGAAAGUUUUCACAUUUGAUUGACCUCGACUUCAUGGGGGACCUAAUGAACCAUCUCAAAGUACUUGCUUCUGAUGGUAGUAACUCUGGCAACAGUUCUGAGAAGUGUCCUAAAUUUUUGACUGUGACCGAACGUCUCCAAUGUUGCAUUGUUGCUUUUAAAGUGAUGAGGAAUAAUCUUGAUGCUCUGAAUGUUGAUUUGCAAGACUUCUUCAUCCAUCUUUACCGUCUUAUACUUGAAUACAGGCCUGGAAGAGAUCAAGGAGAGGUGUUAGCAGAAGCUUUGAAGAUAAUGUUGUGUGAAGAUAAGCAACAUGACAUGCAAAAGACUGCUGCAUUCAUAAAGCGUUUGGCUACAUUGUCGCUGUGCUUUGGAUCUGCUGAGUCCAUGGCUGCAUUGGUCACAGUAAGGCAUCUCCUUCAAAAGAAUGUGAAGUGCAGAAAUCUGUUGGAAAAUGACACUGGAGGGGGCUCAGUUUCUGGAACAAUCCCAAAAUAUCAACCAUAUUCCACGGAUCCCAAUUUAAGUGGAGCUCUUGCUUCUGUGCUUUGGGAACUCAAUCUUUUGUCCAAGCAUUAUCAUCCUUCUAUAUCAACAAUGGCCUCUGGUAUAUCAAGCAUGAGUGUUGCACAGAAUCAAGUCAUUCUCUCAAAAACCUCUCCUACACUAGCUUUAAUGGAAAUGUCUCUUGAUCAGGAAUUAACUUUCCCGCAACAUAGUGGCACUAUAAAAUUGAAUAACAAGAAGAGAAGAACAAAUGCUCCUGCAACAUCACCCUCCAUUGGUUCUGCAUCAGUCAUUUCAAGUUCAUUCAAUGAGGAUGAGUUGCAUGAGAAACUCAGUUCCCAUUUUACGCUUCUUCGCGACAUCAGGGAGAAUGAAAGGUUGAGAAAGGAGUUGGAUAAGACUACACUAUCACUACAGCUAUAUGAACAAUAUAAGAAACAAAAGCAAAGAUCAAAACCAAAGAAGAAAGCCAUUGCUUAAUAGAUGUAUAUGGCUUAUAGAUAACAUGAAAUUUUGUAGUUUUAUUUUCGUUGUUUCCGUAGUUGUGAAAACCAGACCAAUUAUCAAUCAGGUAAGAGGACUAGAAGCCAUUGGUCACCAGUUUUGUGCCGGUUUGGUGUACCUGCUGAUAAAGUGUAAAAUUAUUUUUUGAUUAGAAGAGAGUGAUAUUCAUUUUACAGAAGUACUUUAUUAGAAGGUUUAUAAAGAAAUUUGAAAUUGGAAUUAGAACA